AUGUCAUCUCAGUACAGAAAAAAGAAUGCGACAGGCAAGACAAUUGUCACAAAAAAUUCAACGAAAACUCUUAUCGAAGAAGCUAUGAAUAUGAGAGGAAUGAAGGAUGAUUCUUUUGAUAUAGCGGACUCGACGGAUUGGUUAGGAACGCCACUUUCCCAACUCGCAGAUGUCGAUUCUUUAUUACGAUGUCAAGUCUGCAAGGACUUCUUUACAACACCGAUGAUUACUUCUUGCUCGCAUACAUUCUGCUCACUUUGCAUAAGGAGAUGCUUAAAUAAUGACUCGAAAUGUCCGACAUGUAGAUCGAAUGACCAAGAAAUUAAAUUGAAACCCAAUGCGGCUAUUGAGGAUUUGGUGGAAGCUUUCAAAAGAGCCAGACCGGCGGCAUUGGAACUUGCGAGGAGACCUGCCGUAGAAAUAACUGUUACAUCCCCUAAAAGAAAGCGUGAAAUCUCAGAUUUAGGUGGCCUGGAUGAGCAGGGGGUGAAUAAAAAGACGAGAGCUUCUUCACGGCAAGCGGCGAGACGACUCGAGAGCGCCGAGGCGGCAAAAGCAUCGAAGGAUGUAAUUGUUGUCGACGAUGGAGAGACCGAUGCUGAUCUUAUACCUGAUGAUGGGCUGACUGCAUGUCCGGUAUGCAAUCGACGGAUGACAGCGAAAAGUGUUGAAGCUCAUAUUGGGAGAUGUCUUGCUGAAUCCGAAGCUCCUGCUCAAUCUACAACUAUACUAUCGAAACCUUCAUUUUCAUCCCCUGGACCAGUCAAACGGCCGGAGAGAUUACCUGUCGUCAACUUUAGUCUAAUUAAAGACCAGGCUUUGAAGAAAAAGCUCAUAGAUCUAGGAAUAUCUGCUGCUGGCGGAAGGGAGAUGAUGAGGAAGAGAUUAACGGAGUAUACGACUAUAUGGAAUGCCAAUUGCGAUGCGAAAUAUCCCAGAGGCACCGCGCAGUUGAAGAAGGACCUUGACUCUUGGGAGAGGACAUUGGGUUCACGAGCCCCACAACUAAGCGCUUUAUCAGCCCAUAUCAAGGAUAAAGAUUUUGAUGGGUUGGCUUGGGGAGAGGAACACAAGAGUAGCUUCAAUGAGUUGAUCGCUAAAGCUCGUGAGAAGAUCAAAAACAAGUCACCUGAAAUGGCAGAAGGGAACUCCUCAACGUUUACAACAACGCCUCUGAUACACAGCCAAACUUCACAGGGUCUUGCACCUAGCGAAAAUUUUGUGAAGGAGCAGAAAGACCCGAUGAAAGAGAGUCAGGGAGACCGAGCAAAUAUUGAAAUUAACCCAGCACCACUACCACAUACACUACCAAAGGGCUUAGAAGCCAGCAAUCCACCAUUCCCGGGGCGGUUUUUUGCGGCAAAUGUAGAGCAAAUACCAGACCACACUAUGGCAGCCAUACCACCAUCACGACAUGAGAAGGAGUUGCCCUAUAAUGCAGACGCAAGAAGCACUGAAUGA